AUGAAGGGUGCGGAGAGAGGCUGUAGCGUGUGUUCUCGCCCACAGGGGCCACAGGGGCCACAGGGAGUCGGCGCCGAGGGCGGCAGCGACGGCGGAGGCGCGGCGGCGCGGUCCUCCGUGCAGUGCCCGGUGUGCGGGCGGCAGUUCCAGGGCACCAAGCGGAACUACCUCCUGAACCGGCACUUUCAGAUCCACACGGGGGAGAAGCCGUACCAGUGCCCGCACUGCUCGCACCGCGCCAACCGCAAGAGCAAUCUUAAGAUGCACAUUGAGUCCCGCCACGGCGCGCAGGCCGCCUACUACGCCCACGCCCUCACGCCAGAGCCCGGCGCCGCGCCCGACGCGCCGCUGCCGCCCUUCCUUCCCGACGCCCUGGGUGCCGGCGGCCCCGAGGACGCGCAGAAGGGCGGCCCGGCGGCCAGGGCGGGCGAGCUCGGCCCGGGACACAAGGGAGCCAAGGGCCUAGCCGAUCCGGGUGCCGCGAACGAGAGUCACCUUAAGGUCUCCUACGGUCCGCAGGAGGCGCAGCUGGGCCAGGGGGCGUCCUUCGGACCCUUCCAGGAUACCGGAACCAUCCGGCAGGAUCCAGCCGGCGCAAGACCGCACCGGGGCGCCAUCCAAGCGAAUUAUAAUCAGCAUCCCGAGCUGAUCGUCUACGCUGCGCCGCGUCCCUCCUCCGUCUCCGUUUCUUACUCCUCGCCAGUGUUCAUUGCAACAAAUGUAGAGAAAAAAGGCUUGCAUGACUGUGAAUAUUUCUGCAGUGCUAGAGAGGGGCCAGAGUGCCCGGGUUAUUUGGGCCUAGUGUUGGGCAUGGCUGGUGGGGGGGGGGGUCCGGGUGCUGGGGUACCCCCGCGUAGGAGGGCUUGUAGAGGAGUCCCGGCAGGAGAGGACGAAGGCCUAAACGAAGGCUUUGCUCUUGUGUUUCAGAGAGAGACCGCUCCUCCGCCCACGCGCGCAGGCCUCUUGGCGCAGCGCUCGCACGCGCCGCCCCACCACCCGCCGCCGCCGGCCGAGGGCGGGGGCGCGGAUAGCGACGGCGGCCAGUCCUGGAGGGAGCUCGCGUGCGGCACCUGCGGCAAGAGGUUUCACGGCCGGAAUAGCAAGUCGAACCUGGAGCGGCACCUGCAGAUCCACACGGGGGUCAAGCCGUUCCAGUGCCCGCUCUGCUCGCAUCGGGCCAACCGGAAGGCCAACCUCAAGACGCACAUUGAGGCCCGCCACGGCGCCGACGCCAUCCCGGCCUACCUCUAGGGGCCCCGGCGCCGCCUCGGCCUGGCUCUUGGGGUCCUGGCGCAUCUCACGGGCCCCGGCGCCAUUCCGGCCUAGGGCUAGGGCCCAUGGCGCCACCCUAGGCUAUAUCAAGGGCCCCUGCGCCACCCUAGCCUAUGCCAGGGGCCCCGCCACCACCCUUGCCUGUGGAAGGGGCCCUGGCGCAAUCCUGGCCCAUCUCUACGGGCCUCGACUCCACAUUUCAGUACAACAUCCCGCUCAGUUUGUAAAGUUCAUUCUGAUGGUGAUAUUACUCUUAGAGGGCCCGGCGGGGGAUUCAAACGUGAUCAUGCGUUAAAAAAGAACACUGGUGCUGAGGCCACCUUAAAUGACCUUGAUGAUACAGCGAUACAAAAUGACCGUCAAAGGGAAACUGAUCUUUCGCUUUUGCAUUUAUACAACUUUUUUUAAAUCUAGGAAAGGCCUAAGAAUAAUGCUCAGAUCAUCAUUCCAUGAGACACAAAAAUGGUUGUUGUACAUAUUUAUAUAUAUAAAAAAACAAAUAAAUAUUGAUUUCCUUUAAAGUCCAGAUGUAUGAAAAUGAUUUAGUAUCAAAGGAGUGGAAGUAAGUUUCUUGAAUCGAUGAGGCGUGAAGCAAAAUGCAUUUCAUAACACGCUGUGUAGUAACACCUGGCACUACACAUGCAACAAUACCGCCUCUUUUAUUACAUUAUUUAUGUUUUUUUUCCUUUCUUACUUUCUUUUUCACUUUUUUUUGAAAUAGUCGUUUCUCUUUAUUGUAUAAGUCGCUUAUUUUGACAUUAAAUCAGUGAGGCUAAAAACAAAACGAUGAGGCUAAGAUUACAUUUUAGUUAUAGUUCCGUGUGUAAAUACUUUGCAUGUCUUGCCAGUCGGUUGAGUAGGCCUGGCGCACGGUUGGCGGGGGGGGGGGGUUAGGAUUAAGGUGACUGCUACAGGGCGAGGAGGCGAAGGAUGCAGGGAGGGAUUGAAGGAAGGAUAGAAAGGAGGGAAGGGAGGGAGGGAGAGAGAAAGGGAGGAACAGAAGGUCAGGGAGGAAGGGGUGAGGAAGGAGGGCCGCCCCCUGGAAGCAGGGAUCGUAAGGAAGGAAUAGAGGCGGAGGGGCUGACCUGCCGAGGCCGCAGGAGGAGACAGGCGAGGGCGGACGGGCGGCGCAGAGGAGUGAGGAGGUGGAGGAGGCCAAGAGCGGCGUAGCAGUGAGGUGUGUGUCUCGUUGCAGGCGCUGCGGGUGCUGGUGUGCCCCGUGUGCGGGCGGCGGUUCGAGGGCAAGAACCAGGCCAAGCGGUCCAAGCUGGAGAGCCACCUGCGGACGCACACGGGGGAGCGGCCCUUCCACUGCCCGCACUGCCCCUACCGCGCCACCUUCAAGUGGAACCUCAAGGCGCACGUCCGGAGCCGCCACGAGAGGGACUUCCUCCAGAGCGCGCCGCCCUAGGCCCGCCCUCGCGCCCGCCCGCCCGCCCGCGCCGCCUCCUGGGGGCCAGGGCGUAGUUGCUGAAGCGGCUGCUCGUUGAUUUUUAGUUAAGCUUAUGACCUUUGCGCUGUUUGUCUCGCGUUGUGUUCACUGGCUGGGGAAGCUGGUACUUAUUUAUGUUUAUUUAUUCAGUUGUCUGUCUGAUUAUUUAUGCUUCACGAAUACUUUUGGCUGGAAUGGCAGUUUUUGUUCUCACAACCCUUGAUAGUGUCCAGUGUCCUUUGGGAACUCCAAGCCAGGAAUCCAUUAUUGCUCUUGUUAUUAUUAUUAUUAUUAUUAUUAUUAUUAUUAUUAUUAUUAUUAUUAUUGUUAUUAUUAUUAUUACCAUCAUCAUCUUUAUUAUUAUUAUUAUUAUCUUUAUUAUCAUUAUUAUUAUCAUUAAUCAUCAUCACCAUCAUUACCAUUCUUAUUAAUUAUCACGUCAUUAAUUAUCAUGAACUAUUAUUGAUUAUCCAACCUGCAAAAGACGCUUUGAUAUGAUCACCUGAGUAGGAGAUAACUUGAACAAAGAGAAAUUGUCGUUUACAUCAAGUUAGACGAUACUGAUUGCAGUUCAAAGGCUUUGGAGGACGACCAAUAGGCUGCCUGGGAUUUCUGACGUUGCAGAAGUUGCAGUGCACGGUGAAUUUUGUCUUUGUUGUUUCGGUAGUGAAUAAAAGGAUAAGAUUUUUUGAUA